GUUCACAGGGGAAGCCGCUGCUUUUGGGGAUCUGGCUACAGCAGAAAAGACUCCUCUUCAACAAGGGUGUUCCUGAGGGUAGCUGGGAGUCAGAAGAGCCAAGGACACUUUGGAGCUCUGGAUCUGGGCUUUUUCUCUGUUCAUGGCUGCGGCACCUCUUCCCAGUUUGUGAGCCUCUCCCUGAAUAGCAACCAUGGCCUUGAAGAAUGUCCCCUUUCGCUCAGAGGUCUUAGCCUGGAACCCGGACAACCUCGCUGAUUAUUUCAGGAAGCUGAACUACAGAGACUGUGAGAAAGCUGUGAAGAAAUACCACAUUGACGGCCCUCGAUUCUUGAACCUGACAGAAAAUGACAUUCAGAAGUUUCCUAAGCUGAGGAUGCCGAUUCUCAGUAAGUUGAGUCAAGAUAUCAACAAGAAUGAAGAGAGAAGGAGCAUUUUCACACGCAAACCCCAGGUUCAACGGUUUCCUGAGGAGACAGAAAGCCACGAAGAAGACGAUGGUGGCUGGUCAUCCUUUGAAGAUGACUAUGAAAGUCCCAACGAUGACGAUCCAGAUGGGGAGGACGAUGGCGACUAUGAGUCCCCUAAUGAGGAGGAAGAGGCGCUGAUGGACAAUGCUGCUGACUAUGAGCCUCCGCCCUCCAACGAUGAGGAGGCUCUGCAGAGCUCCAUCAUGCCCGCCAAGCCUUUCCCCAACACCAACUCAAUGUACAUCGACCGGCCUCCCACCAGCAAGGUCUCCCAGCAGCCUCCGGUGCCCCCGCAGAGACCAAUGGCCGCCCUCCCUCCCCUGCCAACAGGCCGGAAUCACUCGCCACUGUCUCCACCCCAGCCCAACCAUGAAGAGCCCAGCAGAAGUCGAAACCACAAAACAGCAAAGUUGCCUCCUCCAUCAAUAGACAGAAGCACAAAACCUCCCCUGGACCGCUCAUUGGCUCCUCUUGAUCGAGAGCCCUUCAUGCUAGGAAAGAAACCAACAUUUUCUGAUAAGCCCUCGGCCCCACUGGGAAGGGAGCAUUUACCCAAGAUACAAAAGCCUCCUUUGCCACCAACCAUGGACAGACACGAAAGAAAUGAAAGAAUCGGACCCCUGACAGCAAGGAAGCCACCAGUUCCAAGGCAUGGAAGGGGACCAGACAGAAGGGACAAUGAUGAAGAUGAUGUGCAUCAGAGACCUUUGCCUCAGCCAUCACUACCUUCUAUGAGCUCCAACACAUUCCCUUCGAGAUCUGCCAAGCCAAGCCCCAAGAACACAUUCCCGUUGCCUAACAUGCCGGGAGCCUUCUCAGAAAGUAACGUUGGCUUUCAGCAGAGUGCCUCCCUGCCGCCAUACUUCUCUCAAGGUCCCAGCAACAGGCCACCUCUCAGAAGUGAAGUCAGAAACUUACCUUUGCCGGUUCCAAACAGGCCUCAGCCUCCAUCUCCUGGGGAAGAAGAGACUCCCUUAAAUGAAGAGUGGUACGUUUCUUAUAUCACCCGACCAGAGGCAGAAGCUGCUCUUAGGAAGAUAAACCAGGAUGGCACCUUCCUGGUUAGAGACAGCUCUAAGAAGACAAUAAACAAUCCAUAUGUCCUCAUGGUGUUGUACAAAGACAAAGUGUACAACAUCCAGAUCCGUUACCAGGAGGAAAGUCAAGUCUACUUGUUAGGCACGGGACUUCGAGGAAAAGAGGACUUCCUGUCUGUAUCGGACAUUAUUGACUACUUCAGGAAAAUGCCACUGUUGCUCAUUGAUGGGAAAAAUCGAGGCUCCAGAUACCAGUGCACACUAACACACGCUGCAGGCUAUCCGUAGCAAGUUAGCCAAGAGAUGAGCCUUCCUGACUCUGUCAUCAAUGUGACAAGAUCACAUGAUCUUAGCAAAUGGCUGAACACUUAGGACUAAAGCAGACUGUUGAUGUGGGCCUCGAGUUCUGCCCUGUCCUUUAAAGUAUCUGAAGAUUGUCGAAUACCACACAAUUUAUUUAUUUUCUUUGAUGUUUGUAGAGUAUAAAAGUGAUCAUGUUCACGUUUGAAGUCUAAGAGUGCACGGCAGACAUGACAUUUUGAAAAUCCGCCUCAAAAUACAGCACUGGAUCUAGUACAGAAAUAAUGCAGAACAAGUUUUAAAAGCACUGAUGGCUUUUGAUAGAUUUUAUAAUGAAAGUCUGGUCAGGCCGAGGCACAAUCUGUUUUUUACACAACUUAAAAUGAUUAAAAUUCAUUUUCGGAGCAGCAAUAACUUAAGAGACUCCAAAAAUAGAA